UUUGAGAACGGAGUUGGGUCUUCGCCGAACGACUCGUUAAUUUCAUUAGGGACGAUCGCAAAGUCCACUAACAAGAUAUGGAGAAUCACUUUCGCGGCUUCCCAGUGCAGCUUUUGCCAGUUUGUCGCGUGGUUCUGCACGAAAUGGACUCUCCGCGCAUUUCUCACCACUUCUGCAUCUUCACUGUUUUACUAUGUCUUGUGAGCACCGUUGCGAGUUUCACGUACGCUCCACCACGGUCGGACGAGAUCUGCGGUUCUCACAACGGCCGCAAACUGUACCUGGACCUCGGGGACAGCGGCACCCUGAAGGCCAGCUUCGUCAACGAGGCACUUCUUGAGCAGAUCAACCGCGCCUCGCACUCGCAGUGCAGCCUCGAAAUCGUCACCUGCCCUGCAUGCGUCAUCACAGCCACCUUCAAGUACCUCAACCUCUCCUCCUGCAGCUCCGACUCCAGUUGCAGAUGUGACUACGUUUGGUUGACGGAGCCGCCUUACGAGUCUUCCGGAGCUCCCUUUUGCGGCAGCAGCAGCGUAGCCGAGGGUAGUUCUACCCUGGCGUACAGGUCGCUCACCAGGACCCUGCACAUCGCCUACCUUUACAGCUCCAGGCGAAAGGACGCGUUCGAGAUUGAAUAUCGCGCAGAACGCAACAAGCAAGUGCUAGGUUUGUCACCAUCGCCUGUGGUCAAAUAUCCGCUGGAAUACAACGCGACCAGAGGAGGAGAGCUUUCAUCCCCUUACUUCCCUGCAAACUACCCUCGUGACUUAGGCAUCGAGUUCAUCAUCACCUCCAUGGACCAAAAGUCAAACGUUCAGGUCAUUUUCUCCGACUUCCAAGUUUCAUCUGCCAGCAUCAUAGAAUUUUAUGAUUGGAACGGGCAAAGGAUUGACGUCACCUCGGGCGCCUCUUUCCGGCCGCCAAUCAUCAUUUCCUCGGGACCAUCUCUUCUAAUCAGAUUCUACGCCAAUGGAGGUUUUGGCCUCGGAUUUAAAGCCACUUACACCUUCCUUACCAGUGAGGAGGCGAGCAAAAAUCAACUAACACUGCCAGACACGGAUUGCGGCGGAUUUGUGGAAAACCCAGGAGGCGCCAUCACAAUGAUGCAGAUGGCCGAGGAAGGCCACCUGAAAUAUUUUGACUGCAUUUGGAUUAUCAAACCGCCCCGCAAUUACUUCAACCUCAAAUCUCACCUGUAUCUGAAAAUUUCACAGUUUUCCGAUUUUGGAGGAAAUACCGAUUUGGUAGUGCGACAGGGAUUGACCUCGGAGGGUGUGACGGUGGAGAACCUGAGGAGUCCCGUUUCGGAGGCCUCGUCGCGCCUCUUGCGGGAAAUGAUUAUUCCGGUGGACGUCGGAUUUUACAUUUCCCUCAGGGGCGUUUUCUCCUCCAGGUCCAAACUUUCCAUCGUCUAUGCUGCUUUUAGUUACAUGGAUUGCUUUGCUGGGGCCGAUUUUCUGUGCAAAAAUCACAGGUGCAUCUCCACGAGGCUGACGUGCGAUGGUUUUGACCACUGCGGAGACAACUCGGACGAACCGACCACAACCUGCAUGGAAGAAUUUUGGACUGAACACAUCCAGUACGACAAACGGCGGUACACAGUGACUCCGAACUACUACUUCCCGAAAAUGGAACGCUACCCUGACCUCAGGACGGCCACCAUGGUCUUCUUAGUCAGCAGUUUGGGUCUAGUCUUUCUGGUCGUGGCCUUGAUCGUUUUGCUGUACAGGAUGGGCGCCCGGGCCAGACAGCAAAGAGAUCUGCAGAACCGGCUGCGCACCAUUAGUGAGCUCUUGGACAACGCCGGAAUCGAGGCGGAGUUGCCGCUGGACGAGCCGCCAACUUACGAGGCGCCUCCGGGAUACGACGAGAUCAUCAAAGUCGUCGCGAGGCGUAGUUUGGAGCUCGCGGGGCCCAGUGGCCCCUCGAGGGGCAACGACGGCCGCGGCAGGUCCAGGAACAAGAACAAGUUGAGGGGCAGGAGGCGCGCAAAGUCCACCCCGGGAAUUCCAACAUCAACUGUGGAUCACGUUGCUCUCAGGGUGGCUCUGCCCAGGUCGCGGUCUCCACCGGUGCGAAGAGCCUCAACAGCUUGGUCUGACGAUCAGGGUGGUUCUGCUCCCAUCCUCAUGCACGCCAGCAGCAAUCGUGGGACGACCCCGAUCCCUGAUUCGCCGCCACCUCCAUAUAUGACGGAGCCUUCUUUGGCUGGCAACUUUUCGCAAGACUCGUUGUUCGCCCGUUCGGCCCUUCAGGGCGCGGAGGCGGUGGAGCGGGUGCCGCUGGUGCGGCCCUCGCUGACCCAGGAGCUGAUGGGCACCGAGCCCAACUUCUCCGAGCACGUCAUCUCGCCGUGCUCGACCCUGGACAGCAUCCCAGACGACCCGGCGCUGCAGCCGCUGUGCAAACUGGCGUCCGUGGAGGCCUUCGAAGACCUGGAGGCGUCCCGAGAGUCGAUGGUCGUACACCAGCUCGCCCCCGCUUCAGCCAACAACAAUAAUUUCGCCCACUUCGAGAACGUGGACGAAUACCCGACGUGCGGCUCGAUGACCAGUCGCUGCAACAGCCACGCCAACAGUCUGGACGGCGACUUGUCCAUCCUGUCCAGGUCGACGGCCAGCGACGCCAUGUCCGGCUCAGCGUCCAUUGCCCACUCCAGACACCCCAGCUCCGAUCAGCUCGAUGAAAUACAGGAAACCGUGUUGCUUCCGAAACCUCCGAGCAAAACCGACAUGGGCCACCAGCUGAAGAUGCUGAAGACGCAAAUCCAGGAGCAAAACGCCAAGUUGGCCAAGAUGAAGGCGGAGGAGGCGCGUCCCGAGCCGAGCACCUCCCGCGGCUUCCCCUGCAGAGAAACGGACCACAUGCUGGCCAGGUUCAUCGAGGUGGUGCAGCGGCGCGAGAGCAGCUGCAGCAGCUCGUCCGACGACUCGCCGACCAAACAGUUCUUCUGAUCGAUCUCAACAAAAACAAGUUACGAAUAUUGCGGAAAGUGGAAAAUGCGUAAUAAUAUAGGUACGCACAGAAAUGAGAAAAUCCUAAAUUUAAGUAAAAAAAAAGACCAAAAAUUAUAUAUUAUAACAGGUUCAGUGUAACCGUAGUUCUCACCAGUUAUUGAUUUUAAAAGGUAAAGUAGGAAAGUAGGUCAGCAUAAUAUUUAUGUGCCUGCACUUAUAACUGAUUGUGCAGAAAAAACGUGAGUGAUUGCAGCUGUGAUCGAGAACAAGUUUUUAAUAAAAUGAAAACACUGUGCAGGAUUUGAUAUUUUUGUACUAAAUUCAGAGUGCAUGGAAUAAAAGUCAACGGAUAUAAUUAACUGCUUUUAUUUUUUGA